CGGGACUUCCUGUGCCGCCUCUGGCUGCAGAGUAGUGUAGUGUUGUUUCCCCUUCCCACCCUCCGAGCACAAACAAAACUUCCCCAAAGGAGACCACCCCCCGCCCCCACACCAUUCCGUUUAUGCCUUUUGUGCUUCCAACACUUUUGACAUUUCUACUCGAUCAUUCGCUUAGUAGCGACUUCUUCACGGGUACCUGCCGUUGUUGUAUGUGCGGUAAUAACAUGUCGGCGCCUCUACCUGCCAUCGUGCCUGCUGCCCGCAAAGCCACCGCGGCGGUCAUCUUUCUGCACGGCCUCGGUGACACAGGGCACGGCUGGGCAGAAGCGUUCGGUGGGAUCAGGAUGCCUCACGUCAAGUACAUUUGUCCACAUGCCCCUACCAUGCCUGUCACCUUAAAUAUGCGAAUGUCCAUGCCUUCUUGGUUCGACAUUUACGGCUUGAGUCCGGAAGCGGAAGAAGACUCGGCCGGCAUCAAGAGAGCGUCAGACAACAUUAAAGCCAUGAUAGAGCAGGAAGUGAAGAACGGCAUUCCCUCCCAUCGAAUCAUCCUGGGUGGAUUCUCGCAGGGCGGCGCUUUGUCGCUGUACACGGCUCUGACCGCCCAGCAGAGGCUGGCCGGGGUGGUCGCCCUCAGCUGCUGGCUUCCCCUGCGCAACGCCUUCCCCCAGGCGUCGGCGGGCGGCGCCCACAAGGACGUGCCCGUGCUGCAGUGCCACGGCGACGCCGACCCGCUGGUGCCCUUCUCCUUCGGCAGUCGCACGGCCGAUAAGCUGAAGAGCCUCCUGGACCCCGACAACGUCACCUUCAAGGCCUACCCGGGCCUUCCGCACAGCGCCUGUCCAGAGGAGAUGGUGGACAUCAAGCGUUUCAUCGAGAAGCAGCUGCCCGCCAUCAGCGAUGAAUGAACCCCUCGGCAACUUUGACCCUGAGGACACUUGACAAAAACAAACACGCCUCUAAAGCUGCACCCCCCCAUUGUUUUCUUCUUUUUUUUUUUAAGAGGUGCGCAGGACUGCUGCGCGUUACGCUCCUUCCGGGUGAAGCACAUCCCGUCCUGUCCUGUGCCGUCCUGUCACGGAGCGGCGUUACGGUAGCGUGACGUUAGUCGCUUGUGAUACUAAGAAGCCAUUUCCUGUACCGGAGUAACUAGGGAUGUACUUAAAAUGCACAAUAAAUGGCCUAUUAAGUGUUUUUUCUUUUCUUUUCUUUUCUUAGGAAUUCACGUAUUGCUAAAAAUGACUUUGUAGCUGAUUAUCCAUUUAUUAGACAGUGUCAUUGCAUAGCCGCUAAAUGGGUUGUUUAGUGUCAUUUCAAGAUGACAAAUUGUCUUAUUUUGGAAUUAAAAGCCUCCUAUUAUGUUGUGGGUCAAAAUGACCCAUUUUCCGUGAAACAGCAAUUUUAACGUGCAUUUUUAUGAAAAACAGGUCUAUAAAUAUGGAUUGAAAUCAGGAGUAAAAGAGUUAAUGGAAUUGUUUAUUGAGAUUUUGUUCGUUUCUGACAGUUCUGGAUGAUCAAACACACCCUGGGUCAAAUUGACCCAUUGUACAGUUAAACACUGUUCACUUUUUAAUUGAUUUUUAAUGAACAAGUCAAUAUGGAAUAAAUAAUAACUAAGUAUUGAUUGAAAUGUGGUGAGUAAUGGAGUUAAUAAAAUUGUUUAUUGGUA